AUGUCAGUACAAACAACCGAGCAAAAGAAAGAAGAAUUCAGAAAGUACUUAGAAAAGGCUGGAGUCGUAGAUCAACUUACUAAAGUGCUUGUUGGACUUUACGAAGAACCAGAAAAGCCAUCAAACGCAAUUGAAUUCAUAAAGAAAUGCUUGGGUGCUCCUUCAGAUACUGAUGUAGACCAAUUGAAAGCUGACAAUGAAGAGCUUAGAAGAUAGAAGUAGGAACUUGAGAAGAAAAUUGAAGCUCUUCAAAGAGAACUUGAACAUGAGAGAGCUAAAUAAUAAUGA